AUUUCAUUUUCAUUUUUAGUGCAACCCCAUUAAUACCCCCCUUUCUCUUCUUCACUUCCAAACAAACCCCCACAUCUUCCCCUUUUUCUCUCUCCUAAAACUCCCAUUUUUUAUAAAAUAGGGUUUUGAUUUUCAUUAAUUCUCACAUACCCAUUUUCGCUGAAGCCUCGGUUUUUUUUCCAGGAUUAUAAUCUUGCAAUCAGAAGUGCCCAGAUGAAUUUAGCAUCAUUCAACAUUAUGUCCUUAUGAUACUGCAGCAACUCUUCUGUUUUAUAUCUCAGAUGCUUCCUUUGGGCUAGAUUGGUAUGAGAUCAACUGCUUUGCCCUUUUCCUUUGCCAUAAUUUUCCAUCCAGUAUGGCACACAUGAGUUUGUUUCCCGGUAAUUGUGAAAUUGUUGAAAUAGAGGAGGAGUUAAACCCAGCAGAGAAUUAUAGGGGUAAGAACCAUACGAAACCUGAAUUUAAAAGAGAGGAAAAAGACUGUCGAUCUCUUGCCUCAAAUUCUGGGAACAUCAGCACUUUAGAGGAUGAUCUCAAUCAGCUUUUUGAGAUGUUCAAUCGCAGAGUUUCAUCUCAUGGAACCUCUUGUCCAAGCCAAGCUGGGACAUCAAGGAAGAAUGCUUCGAAAAAGCCUGUCAAAGGAGGGGGGUCUUUUUCACCGGGACAUGGAGUUUCCGAACGUGUUAAUCUAAAGCAGGCACUCAGGGGAUUGUGUCUUUCUCAGGCAUCCGAAAUGGCGGCCAUGAAACGCUCAUCAAAGUCAGGCUCGUCAGAAGCUGGGAGGAUAUCGACUAUGUACCGCAAUGUAGUUGAAGACAGUGUAUCUGAUCGUUCCCAAGAUGAUGGUCAAGGGGGCAUGCUGGAGAUAUCGCUUGUUCCCGAAGAAAUGACUUUUGACACUAUUCGUAGCAAUCGUGGAAAGUCACCAGCAUCAGAUUAUUGCUUCUCAAACCGAAGUUCUCUUGCUGAAAGUGGGACUGGAGUAGCCCCAUUGUCGAAUGAAAGGGGGUUUGAGUCAAAACAUUCUGGCAAUCAAGUAUUGAGGCCCGAUAAAGCUGCAUCUAUAUUGUCUUCACAUGUUGAUGACAGAAAUCCUGACAUGCGUCAUAGUAUUUUGACCCAGAAAGGAAUAAAUACACGAUCAAAUGAAACGAAGAAUCAAGCACCAAACACUGAAUUAUUGCAGCAGCACAUGUUUUUAUUGCAGAAACAGAAGCAUGCUUCUUCAAAGUCUUCACCACGUCUUAGCUAUGGGAAAAGCUCUAUGGAACUUGCCCGGAAUAAUCCAGCACAUGAGGAGGUAUUUGCGGUUGGUGCCAGCAACCAAAUGACAAGGGUUGAUGUGGGGCAUAAGGAGGAAACUGCAUGUUCUUCGCGUAAUUUUGAUUGCCUUGACAAAACCAAGGAGCAUAGCAAGAGCAGCAUGACAGAGUACUGUAGAUUUUCUGCCGCAAUUGUUCCUGUAACUCAUAUACCUUUGACAGCGUCAUUGCAGAAUGAGAAGCAUACACCUCUUCAAUCUUCUACUAGAGAUAGAAGUACCCCUUUGGAAUUUACUAAGAAAACAGCAGAGGAAAAGGAAGUGAUUCCUGUGUCAACUGAAGUUGGGAAUGAAAAGGUACAUGCAGUGCAUGAUGGUGAGCAUGCAGCUACAUGUUCUCCACGCCGUCCUGAUCAUGGUGAUAAAGCUUUGGGGGCAAGUAGUAGUAUUUCGGCUCCUAAUAAGUUGGUUAGCAAAGAAUCUACUGCAAAAUCAGAAAAAGACUUAGCCACGAGAGCCGGCAAGAAGAUGAGUUCAAAGACUGUAUCCUCAACUGGCUCCCCUAAAGGGAACAAAGGAAACAGGUCCACUCGGAAUGCGCAGCAUUUGGUAAAACCUCUUAUCAAGACUAAGAAUUUAAUUAAGAGGAAAUCCAAGAAGAAGAAAAGCUCAGAUAAUAGCUCUAAAAAUGUGCGCAGUGAAUUCAAUAAUGACUUGUAUUCAGGGCCAAAUCCAAUUGUAUGCCCGAAAUGCCAGUGUGUAGUGACUGAUGCCUGGAAAGAAGCCAAUCAAGAUUCUCCAGUCUCUCAUCAGGAUUUUCCAUUAUCUCAACACGAGUCUCCACAAUCCCAUCGAGAAUCAAUUAUAUCCCAUCACGAGUCUCCUGUGCCCUUUCAAGACUCGCCAGUGUCUCCCUUUACUAGUCUUAGUGCUGAAAUCAGUUCUGGUAAUGUUAUUUCAGAUGUUAGCACACUUGGACCAUGUUCAGAUAGCCCAAAUCAAUCCAAUCUAGCUGUUGCUGAAUCUAGUGGAAAUUCGAAGUCGAAUUACAAGGGGGAAUUCACUCAGAGUUCGAAAGGCAGCCCUGAUGAAUGUAGCAGUAGCACAAGUGUUAGCGAGGAAAGCAUUUUAAGUAGGCCUAGCUUUUGUGAUCGGCCACACAUGUCUAAGGAUGUAAGAUGGGAUGCAGUUCGUCAUGUAAGGUUUCAGCAUGGAACUCUAGGCUUGAGGCAUUUCAAUCUUUUGAAGAAGCUUGGCUGUGGAGACAUUGGAACUGUUUAUCUUGCUGAGCUCAUUGGUACAAACUGUUUAUUUGCUAUAAAGGUCAUGGACAAUGAAUUUUUGGCUAGAAGGAAAAAAAUAGUGAGGGCGCAAACAGAGAGGGAGAUACUUAGAAUGCUGGACCAUCCCUUUCUCCCUACUUUAUAUUGUCAGUUUACAUCAGAUAACUUGUCAUGUUUAGUUAUGGAGUAUUGUCCAGGGGGUGAUUUACAUGUCCUCCGGCAGAGACAGCCUGGCAGGUGUUUUACGGAACAAGCUGCAAGAUUCUAUGUUGCUGAAGUCCUCCUUGCAUUAGAGUACCUCCACAUGCUUGGAGUUAUCUAUCGAGACUUGAAGCCUGAAAACAUUCUAGUCCGAGAAGAUGGGCAUAUCAUGCUCUCAGACUUUGAUCUCUCACUCCGAUGUGCUGUUAGUCCGACUCUUCUGGUCUCAUCGUCGAUGUCAGAGACCUCAAGAAAGGUCUCCCGUCCUUGUGUGGACACACGUUGUGUACAGCCUCUCUGCAUUGAACCGUCCUUUCAACUAACAUGCUUUACACCCAGGCUUUUAGCCGCUUCUUCCAAAUCUUCCAAAUUGAGGAAGAUGAAAUCUGAUGUUGCUGCUGAGAUGAGACCACUGCUGCAGCUUGUAGCAGAGCCAACCGCAGCACGGUCCAACUCUUUUGUGGGAACGCAUGAAUAUUUGGCCCCAGAAAUCAUUAAAGGAGAGGGUCACGGGAGCGCUGUUGAUUGGUGGACUUACGGUAUUUUCCUCUAUGAACUGCUUUAUGGUAGAACACCAUUCAAAGGAGCUGGUAAUGAAGAAACCCUAGCUAACGUAGUACUUCAGAGCUUAAAAUUCCCGGAUAGCCCUCUCGUCAGCCUUCAAGCUAGGGAUCUAAUAGCUUCUCUAUUGGUAAAAGAGCCGGAGAAUCGCUUGGGGACUGAAAGAGGCGCUGCUGAAAUAAAGCAGCAUCCAUUCUUUGAGGGGCUGAACUGGGCAUUGAUCCGUUGUGCUGUACCCCCUGAGCUUCCUGAGUGUGGGAACUAUGGAAUGGCGAAAGUAGCAUCACUUGAAAAGAACAACAAAUACACAGAGUAUAGUUCUGGUUCUGGUUCUGGAUCUGGUUCUGCAGAGCAUUUGGAGUUUGAGGUGUUUUAGCAGAUCCUUUCCACAAAUGUUUGUAUUUAAGUAUAGCCGUUAUAAUGUAAAUUUCUGUCAUGUGGUACAGUCUUCAUUUUUACAGCGAGACAUUGGGAAGAGGUGGUUAACGUUUUUUACUCUUCAAGAACUGACAUAUUGCUUGAAGGUUACAAUAAAAUUUGUUUAGCCGGCAAGUACUUGAUGCCUUGUUGAGAUCAUUUACUUUAUUUGUGGUCCUAUUGUGUUUCUUCUUAUUGUAAUGGUAUUAUUAUUGAUGAUUAAAUGUUC